AUGGGAUUGAUUCCUAUCUCCACAUCUUCUGAACCAUCAAGGUUAGUUUGUCCGAAAGUUGAGGAUCAACGUAUUUGUAGACAUCUACUAGGGGACAUUUCCAGGAGAGACAUUUGCUGUACUAUUUCGACCAUCUUCUCCGGGGGGACAGCCAAUGAUCGCGAUCAGCGUUCAUUUCUACUUGGGGAAGUCCGUUAAUGGCUGCGCAUACUGAGGAUGGACGGUUGAGAUGCAGCGCCCGGCGUUCCCAGAUCUGCGAUUUCCCUAACAUCGGAGUCGUUCCGUCUGAGCCGAGCGGCGACGCAUUUCUGGUGGGUUGGGGUCUGUGGAGUUCUUCAUUUCACCAUGGUCCGCGUAUCCUUUACGUUCUUUGUCUUUGGAGUCAUUCAAUUGUUGUGUAUCCUCCUCAGCUUCUACUGCAAUAUGUAAGCUUAAUUUGAGGUAGGGCUGCUGUUUGCGUUAGCCCCGUAAAAUCAGAGAACAGGCGCCGAGUUUCUAUCACUAUUGCGUCUGUUCUCAAAAUAUUCGUCCUCCAGGACUGGUUUAUAUCGACUAUUCCACUGCGCCUGUCUUCUGUAACACUUAUCGAUCGAGGUUUGCUUCCAAACUAUUGAACCUGUAUCAAUUGACGGACACAAUUACUAUCCUUAGUGCUGACUUGCUUGCGAUUAGGCUCAUAGCGAGUGACACCUGCACAGCGUCUACCUCACUUUCCUUGGUCAAAUUCACUGUCUUCUAACGGGAAGACCAGGUCAAAAUAACCGGAGAUGGACGUGGGUGGAGUAGCUGGCAAAUUUAAAUAACCCGUCUACGCGUGCUACACACGGUCUGGUCCCCACAGCGUACCGGGCUUUCCUAAGGGAUGGCUUGGAUCUCACAGCAGUGUAAGUGUCGUAACGGUCACAUUAGGGAGUCACUAAGGCCUUGGAGAAGGACCGGGGUAUCCCCCAUCAGUUUGCAGGCUUCGAAGCCGCGACUCUCAACGCAUCAUGAUAGAUUCGAGCAUGUCACAGUGUCAGCUUCGCUCCCUUACCGUGCGCCAACCGACUGUCCGAGCCUGUCAACCAGGGGGCGCUGGGAUUCUCCCGGGUUCUCACGGGCUCUGCGCUACUCGAUGAACCAACACUAAACAGAUGAGGCCCCAUUUUGGCCCAACGCAACGGCAGCGCAGCCCGUUUUUGGGAGGUGGGGAUGUUACCACGAGAUGGGCUUGCAGUCAGUGAUCGAGCUCAUGAAGUGUUAGCCAAAAUCCUGAAGUACGUAUUCAAUACUUGUGUUUGAUACGGCUGCGAUCAUGCCUGAUCUAGCUGGCCUCGAUAAUGUCACGAACUGUACCUCCCCACGCGUGACGAUCCGCGACAGCAGAUCUGGACAGCUCAACCCAUUCCCUUCGCCAACGACGGAGACCGAAUACCGGAGGUCCGAGAACCACCUCCAUGUCUUGACGGACAGUGUCGAGCCAGGUUUUGAACUGACCCCCUCUCGACGCCUCCAAUGGGGCAACGGUGCCGGAUCGAGGGCAGUAACAGUGAGCUCCUGAGGUGGACGAUGAAGAACAUGCCCGAACCACCUCAGUCGUCUUUCUGGGAUGGCCUGGGUUAUCCUUGUGAUGUUGUCGCAGCAGUCGCGGACUGUCUCAUGUGAGAAGAAAUCGGUGAACUUCACUCGAAGGAUGGUCCUCAAACAGUGGUGAUCAAAUACCUCCAGUUUUCGCUCGUCCUCCACGCGCGGAGCCUAGCAUUCACAACCGUAGAGAAGGACAGACCGGACAGAUGCACGGUACACGCGAAUCUUAGUGACGAUGGAGAGGUCACGUCGGAUCCGAAGGCUUGAGAAAACCCAGCGGGCAGCAUCGAUUCGGGAGGAUUACUUAAGUGGGGUUGGAAUGAUCAUCAUGCAGCAUAUUCUUAAGAUAUUUUAGUCACACCGGCAUGCCAGCUCUUGAAUAAACUUCUUCCCGACCGCCUCCGGAAUGUACACUAGUGAUAACUGGCUACUUAAGUAAUGUGAUUUUUUCCCAUUUGAUGUUCGAUGGGCUUAUGAAUUUAAAUAUAGUUUAUAGAAAUCACUAUCAAAAUAUGCUCCUCCGUACUCGUCUAGUAGUAUUCCACGUCUUAUUUAAAUCUUAUAUUCAAAGCAAUGGUUUAUUUAGGUUUUAAAACGUUUUUAUUUAUUUGGAGUACGCUCCACCGUUGCAUCUACGUUUAGGGUUUACAGUCUGGAAUCAAGUAUACUUUCCAUGCAAGAAUCACACAUUCCUCUAUGCCAUUAAGAAGAUACCAUAUAAAAGUUUUUGCAGUGGACGUGAGGAGUAUUACUAAAUGGAUAGGUACGAUACUAUUUAAAUGAACAUUUCAUGAUCGUAGAGAUUUCAUGAUUGCGUACUUUUUGGAACCGAAAAAUGCCCCUCUUUGGAGUAGAGAAUUUAAAGAAAACGUGAAUGCUACCAAAUGAGUGCAAAAAGCAUAUUUUGACCAUAUUUUCUAUCAGAUAUACUUGGAUUUAUAAGGGCGUCGAGAAACAGGGGAAAAUACUACCACUACUUAAGCAGUCACUUUUACUGAGUGCGGUUUAUGCAAGCGGUUGGAAAGAAAGUGCAUUCCUCAAAAAUCACCCAGCCCGACACGCAGUUGUACGGUUGGGGAUGAGUUGCUGUGUUGUGUGCUGUGUGUUUGUGUUCUCUGUUUAUGAGACCAGUCUCCGAUCUCACACAGGCAAACGUAGUGGCUGACUUGACGCCUUCCGCACACCGAUUUGAUGCCAGUCAAAGUCUCGCGUAAGAGUACAGACCAUUUUGGGGUGCAAUAUCGUCGCACGUGUGUGAAUCGGUUUACGGCAAGAGAGAGAGAGAGGCAGAGCGAUUUGCACACGCCGAUCUCUCACCCUCUGUUAACACCACGUUUGUUCCAAUCACGAGGUUAGUUCAAGACAGCUAGAGAUGUGUUUGACGCAGUGCCUGACCAGGUAUUUGCUCUCCCCCUCCCCUGCAGUCCACACACUAUAGAAAGAAAUUGUCCAAAGUCAGUUUAAUGCGUAUGCCAUUGCUUAUCCCUUAACUCUCUUCUUCCUACCUCCCCUCCUAGCCAUCCUGCUCCAUCGGCCCCCUAGCCGCGCCCCACUGUUCAUGCGGAUUGCCGACAGCCUGCCCUGUGACCGACCUCCAGCUACUUCGUGUGCAGCUGCCCGCUCCUGUUAUUUUCCCCAGUCCCGGACUCUCUCCUCUGGCCUGUCGCAGCUUCUGGACUCAGACAGACGUCCGGCCCGAGGCGUCUCCCAGCAAGGCCUAUCUCCCAGCCUGCCAUAACUUGUCCUUAACAUCCACUUCAUCCGCCGCAACCACUGCCUCAUUCCAACCUCUGCUCUCUCCAGACGCUCUUGCGGCAAGACAGCAACAUCGGUGGGUUGUUUGCGGUGAUAGUGGAUCAGCAGAAACCGUCUCGACUGUCGCCACCAGUCCCGGAUUCCCAACCCUCGUCACGGACAGUACUGUUCCUCCCAUCUCGCGGGCGCAUCUCGUGAACGUACCCCGCACCUGUUACACUGUCGCCACUGCUGCCGCCUCCAAUCCCCGCCUGAACCCCAACAGUCUCCAGCAGCAGCAGCUUCUGGGCUUUGUCGGCCCGCCGACGGGAGUUGGAGAGCUUGCUUUGCAGAACUUACCGCCGCCGCCGCCACCGCUGUCGCCACGCAUGAUACAUGAUCACCCCCCGCCCCUCCCUCACCUGACCGCCGGGGCAGCACCCCUUCUUCCUGCCGUCGCCACUUCCGCAACCAGUGUUGUGACCACCGACUUACGUAAUUCCACAAUAAACGGCCUUGUCACGGAUUCCAUCUCGGGUUAUUCUCCCCUGCCCUCUCUUCGAAAGCUGCCUAACUCAACAACCACCCUGCGUGUUCCCUUGUCCUUCAUGGGUUUGCCAGCGGCACAGCCUUCAAACCCCGCCAGUCCCUGUUCCUCAUCACCACACCUAGUUCAACCACAGUACCACCCACCCACCAGCCUGCCCUUCUAUUCGCUCGCACAGCAGCCCUCCCCAAUGACCUCUUCAGCGGGCGGUGAAGUCUACGACAGUCUUUGCGCCCUGGACCCUGUCGUUUACUCCACAACUGCGUCUGGUCAACCCUACGAAGAUAUACGCUCACAGUACACGCUGGACUACUCUGGGACCUAUGACGACGGGCUGCCCGGCAGCGAGCGUGAGGAGCCGGGUCUGCUCUCCAACGCUCCAGUAACGUCUAGCAGCUCGACGCUAGUCGAUGGCGUCAGCAGUUUCAUCCGGACUUCCUUUACGGAUGUGCCUUUGGGCGCUCUGGAGGAGGUUCUGAGCCGUCUGUCUGUUAAUGACAACUACUUUGGUCCGCUGAAACUCUCGAGAAGGAAGGCAGACGAGGAGCAGAAGGCGGAGUCGGAGCCAGGGGGUGCAGCCGGCGACGGUGACGCCACCUUCUCUCCGCCGUCAUCGGAGCCGCGGUCACCGACAACCUCAGAAUCGUCCCCCCGCGAGGAUCCUUACCGGUUGUUGCCCUAUUCGCACUCCUCACUCGCUUUCAUCCCUCCUGGGGUGAUGGUAGUCACUGAGGUGUGGGAGUUCUUCGCUGUCGAGCGUCUUAGCUUCUGCAACCACCAGAUAUCCUGUAUGAAGUUCGAGCAACUGAAGCGCUGUCUGCAUAAACACAGUCUCAACCAGCGUGGUUCCACACUCAUUUUGAAGCGUCGACUGCAGGAGUUCGUGCGGAGGCUGCGUGAAUCGCCUGCCUGUAGGACGGAUCCUGCGAAUACCGAUGAGGUCGACUUGGCCCACAUCACAGCGGAGGCCUCUUUCCCCCCUCUGGAGGGAACUCCGGUCGAGACGAGUUGUACCGCGGUCACCAAUACCGAAGAAGACGAAGACGCUGCCGAUAUUCGCAUACCGCCUGAUGAUUUUCGGAUGAUCAAGCUCAGACAACCCGUGGUACUGACACCGGAUGUCUUCUACGCAUACCUUUUAAUUAUCGAUCUGGAGGCAACCUGUGACAGUAAGCCGAGAGAGAUUGGCGGACCCGAUUUCCCACACGAGAUCAUCGAGUUCCCCGUUCUGCUUUACGACACUCGUCAGCGCAAGUGUGUCAGCGUCUUCCAUUCCUACUGUCGACCAAAACUGAGACCCAAUCUGAGCACCUUCUGCAAAACUCUGACCCAGAUCAGUCAGACUCAGGUUGACAACGCUGUCACCUUCCCCACUCUGUUAGCCCAGUUGGAGAACUGGUUGCUGGUUCAGAACAACCUCUCAGAACAGCGCUGUGCCAUUGUCUGCGAUUGCAGUGCCGACAUGGCUAAAUUCAUGCGUAUGCAGUGCCAACUCAGUCGCAUUCCUAUGCCCCCCUGGGCGCGUAUGUGGAUCAACCUCUCGAAGGCGUUUCGCCAGUUCUACCGCCUCCAGCCAAAGCACCGAUCCACCCUGAGCACAAUGCUGGACGAUCUGGAGUUGUGUUUUGCCGGCCAACAGCAUCGCGGCCUCGACGAUGCCAUGAACAUUCUUCGUGUGGUACAGAUCCUUCUGGCUGACGGUUGUCGUCUGCGCGUCAAUGAACGCAUCGAUCCAGGUCGCCCGCCCUCCUACACAACCUCGGUGCCGCGCCUGGUGGCAGAGUCUGCCUGCGGUGUUAUGGGCAGCAAAUUGGCUCUCCUGGAGAAGCGCUCCAAAUCGGCUUCCUACUACACUCAACCGGGUGGGGGACCUCCGACCCAGGCGCCUCUGACUGAGACGCUGACAGAGACGGAUCGCGACUCACUCCUCUGGCUGCACGCCAUUCAAAAGAAGCGUGUCAGCCGCCCCAACGUGCCGUGA